AUGUCUUGCAUCAAUUCCAAAAGACUCUGCCCUAAUGAUAAUGCUGCCAAAAAAUUUGUUUUGUCAGAAGGAUUAAAGAAAAUCCAAGAAAUCAAAGCAAAUCCUGGCUCCAAGUUAAGACAAUACAUCGACGAAAUCAAUUCCUUUUAUCCACCAGAAAUCAUCCAAUAUUACAGUGCUGGAUACGAAUAGUAAUUGCUUAAGAAAUUGGACGAUUACAAUGCAGAUUGAUCAUCUAUAAUAUUAAUCCAAAUAUAUAUUAUAUUACAAUUUAGC